CUCUUUACUUUUCCAAAUCAACAUGGCUCUGAAAUUUACGUGAUUUAAUAGCAAUUAACUUUCAAUGUAAGUCUUCGGAAUAUGUCUGACAAGGCCAAAAAAGAGGAGACCGAACAGUUGGAUGAUGAUUCCAGUGACGACGAUUCCACUCAGAUCGAAACCAGAGAUCAGCUUUCCUGGUCCAAUCCCACCAUCACUGCAUCACCCUCGAUUCUGCGAACCAUCAACACUCCGCGUCCUGAUAUUUCAAAUGCCCCCUCGGUUGUCAUAUCCUUGCCAAGUAGCGAUACCUUCGUCGUGACCGAGGAAACUCCGGAGCAGCGACUCCGGCGCAGGAUGAGGUUCCUCGAGUUGCGGCGUGAGCACUACAACCACAUCAUUCACAGCGAGCAGUGUGACAUGUCGGAUACGGAUGGUGAAGAUCACUCGGAGAAUCACGUGGAGAAACACCCAAAGUGUAAUGAGAACUGCAAGCCCAAAUAGAGACUAGCGGAUCGAGUGUGUUUAAUUUUAUAAUUGUUAAAUGAAAUUAAUUACUAUCUUCAUAUUAGAA